AUGAUGACUCGCUUGCGUGAAUCCCUGGCAGGUCCAGGGUACGUGAUUCUUAACGUCAUUCGCGUUCUCAACAUUAUCACUUUUAUGGACAUUAUAGCUGCUUGUGCAGUUUUAUUGGCCAAAAUCGACAUGCUGAACAGUUUCUUUUUCUUCGAGGCUGUGACCCAUGCUGUGGUGGCUCUGGUCAGCCUCUUCAUGAUCAUCUCAGAGCUCCCGAUCCUUCAAGGUUAUUUUGACAACCAUUGGCCCAUGUUUGGACAAGAAUCUAGCUUCUACUCUCUCGGCGGGAUCAUGAUGAUCCUGGGUGUAGCGACACUGGGCAACUUGAACACCAAAGCUAUGACCCAAGAAACCAUUGGAAUGACUUUCUGGCGAAUCAUCAUCUCCGCCGGCGUCCUGGCCAUGAUAGUUAGCGUGGUGAACGUUCUGGCCAGCUAUAUCUUCAGCGACCCCGAGACCGGCGUCAGUGCCCGCCAGGUGCGGGUUGACGGCGCCGUUGCACCACAAAAGGCAAUGAGCCGGACCAGUAGCCAUCGCACCCUCCAUUUGAGCGUGAAGCGCGAGGAAACGUUGCCCGUCUACACACGCCAGAACCCCGUCAAGCGUGCCACCAACCGUCUCACUGGGCGGUUCCCACUCAAGAUCUCCAAGCCCAUGAAUCCGACUCUGGUUGAGGAGAACGAUGCCGCUUCCUCCAAGUACUCUCGUGAUUCUGCGGAGAUCCGUCCUCCCGAUCUCGCACACCACCCUGCUUUGUCGGGCCACAUGGUUUGA